ACAGAUCAUGUCCCGAGGACUUCCAAAGCAGAAACCAAUAGAAGGCGUUAAGCAAGUUAUAGUUGUGGCCUCUGGCAAGGGUGGAGUUGGAAAAUCUACUACUGCAGUGAACCUUGCACUUGCGCUAGCAGCAAAUGAUUCGUCAAAGGCCGUUGGUUUGUUGGUAGAUGUUUAUGGUCCUUCAAUUCCAAAGAUGAUGAAUUUGAAAGGAAGUCCUGAAUUAUCACAAGACAACCUAGUGAGGCCUCUUUUAAAUUAUGGUAUUGCUUCUAUGUCUAUGGGCUUUCUGGUUGAAGAGACUGCACCAGUCAUAUGGAGAGGCCUUUUGGUAAUGUCAGCCAUUGAUAAACUAUUGAGGCAGGUAGACUGGGAUCAACUGGACUAUUUAGUUGUUGACAUGCCACCGGGAACGGGAGAUGUGCAGUUAUCGGUUUCACAGAAUAUUCCCAUUUCAGGUGCUGUGAUCGUCUCCACGCCUCAGGACAUUGCGCUGAUGGAUGCUCACAAGGGUGCCGAGAUGUUUCGGAAAGUCCAUGUGCCUGUUCUUGGCCUUGUGCAAAACAUGAAUGUGUUCCAGUGUCUGAAAUGCGACAUUCCUUUACACCUGAGCAUAAGGGAAGCUUCAGACAAAGGCCAGCCAGUCGUAUCUUCUCAACCUGAAAGCGAAGAGGCUCAAGCUUACCUGCGGAUUGCUGUGGAAGUGUUAAGAAGAUUGCCACCACCUCCAGAAUGACACCCCAAAUGCCCUGGAAAUUGUUCCGGUAUUUGAAUGUAAGAGGACUAUUGGAAGCAAGCAUUGUGGUGGUGUGGAACCCACAAACAAUAGCAGUCAGGAUUGUUUUACUUUAUUUCUGAAGAAAUAAUGUUUUAUAUUCAGAUUUGAUCUGUGAGCUCUGACCCAUAUGUAAUUUUCAUGUCCCAAUGCUAACUUCUGUUCUUAGGACUGUUUUAAAAGUUGAUGUAGGGCUGGGGAGAUUGCUUAGUAGUUAAGGCACAUGCCUGCGAAACCUAAGGGCCCAGGUUUGAUUCUCCAGGUCCCAUGUAAGCCACAUGCACAUGGUAGUGCGUGUGUCUGGAGUU